AUGCCUUCGACGCAGUACGGGAAGUUCUAUGAGCUCUGCAGGAAUACGGGCAACCUGAGGUCAACACUGCCCGUGUGCAAUCUGUUCUACGAGUCUCCGUCAAGAAGGGGUGGAGGCUUUGGUGAUGGCUGUAAUCUGACGGGCAUACCAUUGAACGGGGGCGACGAGCGUCUGGCCAAUUUGGGCUCCAUACUGAUCGCGUUCUUCGCGAUACUCACCUCACUCGUUCUAAUAUGGAGGUCGGAGCGUAAGAGGGCUGCUGUGGGCCGGAGAGAGAUGCAAAUCUUCCUCCUCGGCUACAUCGUCAUCUCCAUCUGCGAAAUCUUCACCAUCGGCUGGUUCCCGCUCGACGGCGCGAUACGACGAGGCUUCGCGGCGGUACACAUUGCGACCAUAAUAGCCACGCUCUGGAUCCUGAUGAUGAACGGCGCCGUGGGAUACCAGCUGAUCGAUGACGGCACUCCACUAUCGCUAGGACUGAUCUUCGGAUCUGCGGCAUUGCUUUUUGUUGGAACUGGUUACAUCGCACUUGACACUGGUUUCAGCUUCACCAACUACUGGAAGGACACGUUGAGUCAGCCAAAUCAGGCUUACGCACUGUACACGCUCUACCAGCUAGUGCCAUUGGUCUUCCUCGUGGUGUUCUUCAUUCUGGAAGCCGUGCUGGUGCUGCGGGUGCUGGGCGAGACAAAACCGAUGAUCUACCUCGUCGUCGCCGCCCUCCUCUUCGCCAUCGGCCAGAUCUUCCAAUAUGUCAUCAGCCGAUUCAUCUGCAAUGGCACCAACGGCGCGAUCAACGGUGGCCUCUUCGAGACCGGCUUCAACCUCGCCGCUGUCAUCACGAUAUGGAUCUUCUGGUCCAGCAUUACGGAGGACGACUGGCCGAUGCCACCUCCGGGUGGAAGCACGUACACCUAA